AUGCUGCACACUAACAAGUUUGAACAUCAUAAAUGGAAUUCAAAUGUGGAGGAGCUCGAGGCCGAUUCAGAUGCUGACCACGAACAGUCAUUUGCAAAGCAGCAGCUUGGUCAACCUACAUGUCAAGGGGAGAGCAAACUUCUAGGCCUUCCUUGGAACAAGCGAGAGGAUACUCUUAGCGUGAACUUUCCAGAUAAGUUGGCCAGUGUGACAAAACGAGGCAUCCUGGAGAAUCUAGCCCAAAUGUACGACCCUUUGGGAAUCGUGUCACCGGUAACGUUAGAAGGGAAACUAAUUUAUCGAGAAGCUUGCAACCAGAAAAUUGCAUGGGACACCCCCUUGCCUGAAAACAUCGCUACCAUGUGGAAAACAUGGGAAGGUGAUCUGGAAG